AUGGCCAGCCCUUCAACACUGAUCAAGUUCGACGUCUGCUUGUACAAGAAGGACGAUGUGUCUUACGAGGACUUCGUUGAAUGGGCCACCAAGGUGUACCCUGUCAAGGCGAAACCAGUAAUUCAGAAGCACGCGGUGAAGUGGACACAGACGGUGAACCCGCCACACUUCCGAGAGCCUCUCCGCCACGCUCUCAAGACCGAUAUGGGCCGGCCCGGCUGGUCCAUUCCUGACUAUGACAUGGUCACGACAUACUGGCUCCACAGCCUUGACGACCUACGCCUGAUGACCACGACGCCGGAGUGGGCAGAGCUGGAGGUGGGGGCGCAGGCUAUCACCAACAUGGACAAGGGCCACUUUGUCGUCGGUCAUGAAAUCGUCCAUUUUGAGAACAACUCAUGA